AUACCAGAAAUGAAAGCAUGUGUACACAGAGCUACCAGUGGAUGUGAUCAGGUGACACUGGGCAUAGUAUCUAACAAGCUUCACAGAUUGAGUCACAAACUGAAUGACCAGUGUCCGCAGAUAUACUGUGAGGAAUGUUUGGCCAGGUCAUGUAUUGUAAACCUUCAGAGGAGUCUUCAGUAUGAAAAUGCUAGUAUAUGUGGGUCCAUAGCAGCAGCAAAGCAAUGUAUAUAUCAGCAUGCAGGUUAUUGCGACCCGUCCGUUGGUGAAAGUUUACUUCGGGAAAUACCGCUGUUAAUUGGGAAUGACGCUUAUCUUUGUGAAAUAACCUUGCCUUCAUGCCUACAAAACUUUAUGAUGACUGCGUACCAAAUCACUAACUAUAUGCCGAUGACAAAUAUGUCAAAUGAUUAUGUGUUAACACAAAUGUGUAAUGAGGCUACUGCAGCAUUUUACUGUAUCAAUACACAUAUGACAUCAUUCGAAGGUCAAAGACUAGAUGUCAUGAAUUCAACCCAACAGCAGAUUGGCAAGAUUGUGUACGGGAAAUGCCAAGGUCCACAGUUACAGUGUUACAGUUGUGUUAAUGCUACGUCAAACGAGGAUUGUAAUCAACAAAGAGUUCAAACUUGUUCCCCAGAUAUGCAGAUGUGCGGCACUGUUUUCACGGGAACUGUACUGAAUAAAGGCUGUGUUAAACCGGACCUUUGUCAGAAUGGAUGCAAUGGAGUAUUGUGUUCCAUGUGCUGUGGAACAAGUCUUUGCAAUCAACCGUGGAAUGACGUCAUAUUAGAGUCCCCUACUUGUCAACCGGAAGCAGCGAUGUAUUGUGGUUUUCAGAUGAUCUCUUCUUUAGUGCAAAAUGAAACAAUUAAUUGUUUGCACCUUCAGGAGCAUAUUUCUUGUAUGAUACAGUCAACACAAGAUUGCACGUCCUCUCAAAACAUGGCUCUUGGUAUUCAUGCGCGUGACCUUCUUGCAAGAGAUGUCAUGUCCACGUGUCUGGAAAGUAGCCCAGUAUGCGGAUGUGGACAAUGCAGUUCUAUGCUCCUCCUGUCCGUGGUUGCAAGUCCUUUUGGAAAUGUCGAUGGAUUUUGCAAGACAGUGUUAGAAAUGUAUGAGAGGACGCUGAAGGAGAUGGACCUUACAAAUUGUAGUACAGGCCAUAUACAGUCUACUGCUUAUAACGUACAGAUGGCAGCUUAUAUGAUACAGGGAAUUUGUUAUUUAGAUAACAUCGAUAAUAGAACUUGUAACCAUGGUUAUAUGGUAUAUAGCCAUGGAGAAACAUUCAUGGCGGAUGAUGGUUGUAAUUAUUGCACUUGUGACAGAGGAAAUAUUGGGUGCACACUUAUGUACUGCCCACCAGACCAUAAUCAGCAAUGCCCGGAUAUUGACCCAGAUCAAGCCGGUGUUUGUAUAGAAAUGUGCCGUGCAGAUAAUGACUGCUACAACGGACAGAUAUGUUGUAGUAAUGGGUGUGGUCAUGUUUGUUCCGACCCAAAACCUCAAGGAACAGACAGUUGUAAGCAUGGUAAUAGUUCCUUCUCAACAGGCGACAGUUUUCCUGCAUCAGAUGGUUGUAAUUUCUGUUAUUGCUAUAAUGGAAUGAUCAGUUGCACGGAAAUGUAUUGUCCUUCAGUAAAUGAAAGUUGCUGGUAUAAUGGCAGACGAUAUAACAAUGGCGAUUCCUUCCAAGCAGACGAUGGCUGUAACUCAUGUUUUUGUAGUAAAGGAAACGUUGCCUGUACAUUGAUGUUAUGUCCCCCAGUUGCAGACGAUAAGGACUGUUUGUAUAACGGAGCCAAGUAUUUUUCUGGAGACAAUUUCCUUGCCGCAGACGGUUGCAACCAUUGCUUUUGCAAUAAUGGGACGGUUAGCUGCACAUUAAUGUACUGUCCUAAAGAAGAUGUUUGCGAUGUUUUGGGGGUACAGCAAUGUAUUAAUGAUGCGUCUCUUCCGUAUCUUGUAUCCAUGGCAACGGGAUCAAAGUCAAGACACGUAUGUUUGUCGGCAGUAAAUCUUCUAAAAUGUGCGGAUUCAAAAGUGAAAGGCUGCCCGACAACUGUGCUGGAAAUCGCUCACAACGCUGUAUGGUGGAAUAUACAAUCUGUUCAAUAUAUCUGUGACGUCAAUGACCUUAUAUGGUCAUUCCAUAAUGGCGGAUGGCAAACGAAUACGACAGAGCUCGACACAACCGGAAAAUGUUCCAUUCAAAACGCUGUGAAAUGUUUUGUUAACAUUGACGAAACCUGCGACUCUUAUCAGACGAUGGUAGACUGUGUCUAUGAUUUCUCGACUGGUUGUUUGUCGGUAGACAUGGUACCAGUCUUGUUCGAACUUGAGCGCCAUCUAGAAGAAAAUAUUGCAGACUGCGAUCUUGUAAUACCAGAACAAAAUGUUGACCCUUUCCAUCCCAUUGCUCAAUGUUUGGCAGAUUUUGGCAGCACUUUGAACAGCGAGCUGACCGUUGCAUAUUUACAAAGUGGGAAACUCGGACGUGUUUGCGAUAGCAUUGCUACACUAAUUUACUGUGUUCACAACAUAACAUAUACCCAACCUGACGGGAAACUCUUGACUCAAAACCUUAUUGGAAUGCUAUCUAAUAUAUUUAAGCAAUGUAAUGAAUUGGAAGACCAUAUCAUGGAAGGUAUAGUUUCAAACUUGUAA